AUGCAAUGGGUUCCCAGCCACGUUGGAGAUGCAGGAAACGAUCAUGCCGACGCACUUGCUCACUAUGAAAUGACACGAACAUUACAUUCGAAAAUCGAAACGUCGACCAGACCAGUCGACCAGAAAAAGAAGGAGCAACUGAAUCCGACCUCUUCUGUCAACUUCCUCGAAGCACUUCCCGAUGUCCUUUUCUAUGCGGUGAUUGAGAAACUUCCUGCACGCGUCAUCGAAAACACUGUUCGACUACUCUCAAGGGAUUGCUAUAGAAGGGUCGAGCUGCGCAGAGCAAGACUUCCUCGCGUUUGUUUCAAUUGGCUUGAUGUUUAUAGGAACGAGUUUUCCUAUCGCUUUGGAACAAUCAUCUCAUAUGAAGAAACAAUCGAUCCAACUAAUUUGAUGCACCAUUUGGAGUAUUUGGCAAAGCGUGUGACUUUCAAGAGACUCGUUUUGUGGGACGUCGAUUGGGAAGUGUUUGCAAAUUGCAAGGAAUUAUUCCGAUGCGAGGAAUUAUAUUGUGAUAUCGAAGAGACGACUCUUUCGCCGGAAAGAUUCAUGGAUGUAUUUUGCCGUACAAGGCCUACGCACCAGCUAACUAUUUUUGUGAAUGGAGACAAACAAAAUGUUCCUGUUACGAGCGAUUUUUUCACCAAUAAGCAUGCGGUUGGAUUGCAAAAUGUUUGCUUUCGUAAUGGAAGAGGCAAGGCCAUGGUUGAUCCAUUAAAUGACACGAUCUUGUCGAAUUUUCGUCUUUUGAGUUUUAACGAGCGUCAAAUUGAUGAAAUUAACCUUCGAGCAGUUGGUGGGAAAGCAGAACUCCAAAAUUUCUUGCGCAACUUACUUGGAUUGUCAGGUGUGAAACUGAUUGCGAAUGCUUACAACUAUCAUGAGAUUCGUUUGAAAAGAGCAAAUGGCGACGUCGUUCAGCUUGACGUUAAUGCUAAUGUAGACGAUUAUGCACCAGGCAGUAUUGGAAUCUACAUGGUUCGGCUAGUGCCCGGCCCGGAAGCUGGCUCAUAUUGGAGGUUUUUUUGG